AUGAAUCUUCUACCGGCCGAAACAAAACUUGACAUCUUCAAAUGCCUCAACUUUUACCAAUUGAACAACUUUCAACUGUCAAAUCGUCAUUUUUGUGAAGUGAUCGUCAACUACAACGAAGAAUUGGCUAAGAAAGUGUUCUGUUCUGUUGAAUUGGUUGCUAAUUAUCCUUGUAAAGAGUUGGAAUGUGUUCCUAAUGAAUUGGACUUGGCUUUGAGCGCCCAAAAUGAAUUAAAGUAUCAAACAGCAAUUCAAGAACGGAUUCCUGCCUUCCUUUAUCACAAAAACAAAUAUGAUGUAUCAAUUGACGAAACAAACGAAAUUGGGAAUUUGCUGUUUGAAUCGGUAGAAACGGAUGGAACAUCGCCCAAAUUUCUUCGACUGCAAUUAAAACGAUAUCCAGAAACAAUUGAAGAAAUGCUUGUUUUUCUUCACUGGCUAAAGAAGCUUUCCCAUUGCUUCAUCGAAAACUUCAAAGUUGAACAAGCCUAUAUCAAUCCGGGCAUUCUUAAAUUAUUUUUUGGCGAUUCUCCGUUCAAAUUCCACACAAACCGUUUUUAUCUGGUUGAUAAGGAACAAUUCAUUUUUACUAGAGGAUGUGAUCUUUUGCACAAUUACGUUGUUAUUCACGGAUAUCGAGGCUUCUAUUUCCAAGAUAAUUUUGUGAAACUGCGUGGCGAACUGCUAAAAGAAGAAGAACGUGAAUAUUAUCCUGUGGAGGAACAUUUUGUGGAGGAAGAGAAUGAAGAAGAAUUUCCUAAAGUUGUGGAGUAUGAAAUGGUUGAUGUAGAUAAUCCACAAGAAGAUUCAACGAUCGUCUUAUGUUUACCUAUUGGUUCUAAGAAAACGGCUGAUUAG